AUGUCUCAAUCUCAAGACAUGUCCCCAACUUCUGAUGAUCCUGAUGCAAUGGCUGCACAAUUGCCAGAACAGCUUCAGGGCUUAGCCCCUCGCACCACUCCUGCUACCAUGGCUCAAGGCCUCGAUAGCAUCCCAAAGCCAGUGCAACAGAUCACUGGAAAUUCGGAAAAGGCAAACAUGUCUUUUGAGAUUGUCGUUCCAGUGAUGGACAACCUUAAGGAAUAUGAAUAUUUGCCCGGCCACUUUGAGGUCUCUCGCAUUCUUGCGGUGGACAUGUACGAGCCAAAGCUCAUUGUCAGACUGAAAAGUGGUGAACGCGAAGAUAUGACCAUCAGUAAAUUGAAAACUUUGAAGAACGGACCUGAAGCCUUACGAGAGUUCAACCGUGGUUCACAGAGCCCUGAUCCUCUGGCAAUGGACAUUGACCUAAUUUCACACUGCAUUCAAUCCACUGGAGACGGUUCUGCAGAUUAUGAUUCGGAAAUGGAUUGGGGUAUUGCACGAGGCCGCCAGCGACGUGGUCCGUCAGUUUCAUACGAUCAUUUUUUCCAGAAGCUUGAAGAUGAAGAAAGCGACGACGAUCAUAAAUCAAGCAGCAGUCAAGGAUACGGUGGCAAUGAAAUUGAAGACUCAGACGAGAUUAGUGAUGACGAUGACGACGACGACGACGAUCCUCCAUCGACUCGGCGUCACUUGAGAAGAGGUGUGCAGAAGCGUCAGUCACUACGUGUCCGUGAAUCCUCUGAGGAGUCUUUUACUCCCAAUACUGGAAAGCGAGCAUCAUCUCGCCUGCGCCAGACUCGUCGCCGUAACAUGAAAGAACGACUGGAGGACGAUGAAUACUCCGAACGUGAAAUUGAGAAGCCUAAGCAACAAAGAUUCUCAGGUGCCAAGGAGCAGUUCCGUGAACUGCCAGAUGACAAUGAAUUCAGACAAUGUCACUCCCAGUUCUGCAUCAAAUGCAACCAAGGAGAUCAUGACCCUGAGAAAGGGGCUCUGGUGUUCUGUCAAGGAUGCACUGUAUCAUAUCACCAAGGCUGUCUUGGUGAACGAAGCAGCCGCAAGCAUUUGGUCACCAAGGUUGACGAAGGAGACUUUAUUCUUCAAUGCAGACUUUGUUUGGGGAUCAAGAACCAGGAACACGACAUGCAGCCACACGAAGGUCAUUGUGCUGAAUGCAGAGAACCUGGUCUCAUGUCACAGCCUUUGCGACAGACCCUCUCGGCCCAGGCUGAGCAGCAAUUGCGGGAGGCCAAUGACGGUAUAGAUCCGAUAACACACAUGGAUAUGUCGCGUGUCAACAAUAUUGAUAAUGUUCUCAUGAGAUGCCUUGGCGAGCGCGGCUGCAAACGAGCCUUUCACGUGCAGCAUCUUGCGAACAUGGACUGUACCGAACAUCACCCUGAUAAUUGGCAAUGCAACGAGUGCCUAGGAACUCCCUUUGUGCCAAAUCCAAUCAAUGUGAUAGUUGCAUGGAGACCGAAUAAUGCCGACGUCAAAGUUGUUCCGCGGUUGGUUGAAAUGCUUCCAGAGGCGGACAAAGAAUAUCUUAUCAAAUGGAGCACUAUGUCUUAUUUCCGGGUCACCUGGAUGCCUGGAGAUUGGGUGUGGUCCCAGGCUAAACCGGCAAGUCUCAAGGCGUUUUUCAAAUCCUCGAGAUCCGACAAGCCGAUUAUGACAACUGCAGAGGCUGUCCCUGAAGAAAAUUUGCGAGUUGACAAUGUCUUUGACGUGGAAUACAUCAACGAUCCCGAGUCCCAAGCCGAUCGAGCGAACGCGGAGAUGGUUAAGCGAGCAUUUGUCAAGUACAAAGGACUGCCGUAUGAAGACUCCGUAUGGGAAGAUCCUCCGAGUCAGACUGAGACCGCCCAAUGGAAGGACUUCCAGAUCGCGCUUGCUGACUGGGUGCGCCGAGAGGAAAUCCUUGUGCCUAAGCCGAAAGAACUCAAGAGCCGUCUCGCAGUUGCCCGCACAAAAGAAUUUGACCAAAGUCUUCUUCUUUACACUCAGCCCGAUAUGGUCACCGGGGGUGAACUCAUGGAAUAUCAGUUAGAUGGCGUGAACUGGCUUCUUUACAUGUACUUCAGGCAAAGGAAUGCUAUUCUCGCCGACGAUAUGGGUCUUGGCAAGACCAUUCAAAUAAUCACCCUGGUUUCGGCAUUGAUUGAGAAGCUUGAGUGCUUCCCAUUCUUAAUCGUUGUUCCGAACGCGACUGUACCAAACUGGCGCCGGGAGAUCAAGAGCUGGGCGCCGGGCAUCCGAGUUGUCACCUAUUACGGCAGUGCUUUCGCUCGUGGAAUGGCCAGGGAUCACGAAAUGUUUCAUCGGGAUGGUACUUUGUGCUGUCAUGUGGUCAUUGCAUCGUAUGAGAGUAUGUCUGAUGGUGAGGCCAAGCGAGUCUUGGGCUCAGUCAAUUGGGCCGGCUUGGUAGUUGAUGAAGGACAGCGCCUCAAGAAUGAUAAGUCCAUUCUUUAUGAGCGCCUUCGUCAGAUGAAAUUCGGAUUCAAAGUGCUUCUCACGGGCACACCACUUCAAAACAAUAUCCGAGAGUUGUUCAAUCUGAUUCAAUUCAUUGACCCAAAGAAGGAUGCCGAGAAAUUGGAAAGUCAAUAUGGAGGAACGCUCGAUAAGGACGACAUUCGAGAGCUUCACGACAUGAUUCGGCCAUGUCUUCUGCGUCGAACAAAGGCAGAGGUUUUGCCAUUCCUUCCUCCGAUGGUGCAGAUCAUCAUCCCCAUUUCAAUGUCAGUUCUGCAGAAGAAGCUGUACAAGUCGAUUCUUCAAAAGAAUCCACAGCUCAUCAAAGCGAUAUGCAAGAAACAUACCGGCCAGCUGAAGCGGGCCGAGCGUCAUAAUCUGAAUAACAUCCUGAUGCAGCUUCGAAAGUGCCUUUGUCAUCCAUUCAUCUACAACCGCGACAUUGAAGAGCAGUCUGGUGAUCCCCAGCUUACUCAUCGCCGUUUGGUUGAAGCAUCCGGAAAGCUCCAAUUGCUCAGCUUGAUGCUGCCACGACUUCGGGAGCGUGGACAUCGAGUCCUCAUAUUCAGUCAGUUCUUAGAGAACCUCGAUAUUGUCGAAGACUUCCUCACUGGUCUUGGGCUUCAGUAUUGUCGCCUGGAUGGCAAGCUGUCGUCGAGAGAGAAACAACAGCAAAUUGAUCAAUUCAACGCGCCGGAUUCCCCAUUCUUUGCGUUUUUGCUUUCGACCCGGUCAGGUGGUGUUGGAAUCAACCUCGCCACUGCGGAUACUGUCAUAAUCAUGGAUCCAGAUUUCAACCCGAAGCAGGACAUGCAGGCUUUGUCGCGUGCCCAUCGAAUCGGGCAGAAAAACACCGUUCUGGUCUUCCACCUGACAGUGCGCGCAUCAGUGGAAGAAAAGAUCAUGCAGAAGGGUAAGACCAAGAUGGCACUUGAUCAUGUACUUAUCGAUCGCAUGGAGGCCGAUGAGGACGAGGAAGAUUUGGAGUCAAUUCUCAAGCAUGGUGCUCAGGCAUUGUUCAAUGAUGAUGACUCGGCGGAUGUGAAGUAUGAUAUCCAGUCUAUUGAUAAGCUGCUGGAUCGUAGCCAGGCAGAGCAGGCCGAGCAAGUGGCCAGCGAAGGAACCUCGGACCCGACGGAGCAGACGCAGUACAAUUUUGCCCGAGUGUGGCAGAAAGACCGUGGUACUCUUGAAGAAGUAAUCGAGACCGAGGACACGCCUGUGGAUAACACAGUGUGGGAAAAGAUCCUGCAAGAGCGUGAACGUGAAGCCAAAGAAGAAGCAAGUCGCCAAGCUGAGGGUCUUGGUCGUGGUAAACGAAAGCGUGGUGCUCCUGUCGUCUACAACACGCCCAUCGAAGGAGUGGACGACGAUGAGAUCCCUAGUCCUGCCCGCCAGCCAUCUAGCAAGAUGCGUAAGGCCGCCGUGGACGACGAUUAUGUUUUCAACCAGCCAGAAGCUGAUAUCGAGGAUGAGAGCGAGUCUGAAAACGGAAUGACUGCAAUGGAUACCGGAGAGGAUGUCCUGGCUGAUGUGGAAUUGGAAGAGCCAUUGAACCCUCGCGACUUCCAACGUGUGCAAUCCCCCCCACCACUGCCUAUGCCGCCAACAGGCACCGACGGCGCUCAAGAACCUCUCCAGCUGUGCGUGGCAUGCCAACAAUGCCACAUGCCCGGUGGUUGCCCGCUUCGCCAAUCCGGUGUCGAGUUCUGUGGUCUUUGCGGCGUGGCGCACUUCGGGGGUCGUCGCAUCUGCCCCAACCUGCGGUCGAUCGCGCAGAUCAACCAGAUGGUGGAUGCGUUGGAGAAGAGCACGGAGGCCCCAGGCCUCAUCUCAAUCGCCAAGAGAUACCUGAGAGGUGUUCUCACGUCCCAUGCGCAGAUCAAGCGCAUGAAGGUGGCCAAGGCCGCCCAGGCCGGCCCUCACUCUCCACUGACCUCACCCUCAGUUGGUGGAGUGAGCGGCGCCUCAGUCAUCGAUCUGACUGAGGCCAAUGAGUCGUAA